UAUACAUUAAUGGCCGCAUCUUUUCGUACAAUUUCUUUUUGACCACCAUGACCAUGUCGAUGAACAGGCAUACUCCCUUGGAUGUUUGCUCACAAUCCAACGACGAGCAUUGUCAGCUGAGCGUACGCUUCGACGACCAAUGCGUUCUCAUCCCUAAGCAUCCUCACCGUCACCGCCUACCAAGGAUAGUGACAAAGUCUUAUUCUCUGCCGUUAUGGAAGAGGCGUCCGUCGAACUCGGGCGGGCCGUCGUCGUCUCCAGAAACAGACGCCUUCGUACCAGAAGACAGUCAUGUCGUCCUGCGAGUUCCGAUUCCUAGUUUCUCUAGUAAAGCGCAAUCUCCUACAUGUACUCGUAAUUCAGACCCUAAGCCGCUCUCCCCUUGUCUGGUUCAUCGUUCCCCAUCUGGCAUUUCUGCCAUCUCACAGGCAGCACCCGGGUCUCCCCAGAGUCCACGACCCCCAAGACGCACAGCGUCCUUGUCGCCUUCUCGUUCGGAUCUCGUCACCAUUCCGCUGCGACCAUGCUGCGCGGGGUGUGAAGCCGUGACGGAGGCGUGUUUGUCGCAGGGAGAUACUUGGACUGAACACUUCUCUCGGUCUGCACGCAGACGGCGCUCGCUCAGCACAGACGAGGGACCGCGGACCAUCACAGUCGAAGGGAGCGUCGCUGCUGCAUCCUUUGGGCUUGGUCGCGGUCACCCGAUUAGCGUGGAUGAGGUUGAUAAGCGUCGGCGGUCGAGCGACUCGGUGGUGACGGCGUCAAUGUGGUUGAAUGAGGAGGGAAAGAAUGUCAUGGUUAAUAUGCAGCGCUCGUCAUCGCCAACGCGCAUACCGAACUUGGCUAUGCCUUCUACUCCUCGGAUACCGGAGGAAGAUGAUGCUGAAGACGAUGAGGACCAACUCUUCCCUCUCCCGUCGCCUCGUCGGUCGCCUGGGGCAUCUCCCGCACCCAGCCCAUCUGCUUCUGCAUCAUGCAUCGGGAUUUGUAGGCCGAGUGGGAGCCCAGUGCCGUCAGAUUCUUCAUUGGUCAGCUUAGGCACAAAGAUGAAUAAAGACCCGUUCCUUGCACCCGUUUCAAGAUCGUCUUCCUCUCUUUCGCUUGCAAAGACAACCGAGUCCGAUGAAAAUGUAUCACGUGCACCAUCGCCUCAAGUUCUUGCCACGGCGACCUCGAUCUCCGCACGCUCUUUCAGUCAGUCCCCAUCGCCGCAGACCUCGUGCGUUCCCUCGGUUUCAACACCCUCGUCUACUUGGACAGAGGCGCUUGGUGCAGGUGCAGAUAGAGAGCAGCCACCACUCACUGUUCCCGCCUCUGCCUCGUCCCUGUCCACUUCUCUCCACACGUCAAAUGGUUUUCGAUCACAUAAUUCUACACAUUCGCUCGUUCACUUGCCAUCCACCUCGCCGAACCCCUCGACUUCCCUGCCUAAAAAACGUCAUGGCUCAUUGUCAUUGGCUCGCCCCCGGCAUAUUAUUGCCGAUGUCCUUCGCGGUGUGAGUGCAGGAGGAAGUGGGGCUAGUGGUGUCGGUGUUCGUGUAUAGGCCAGCAUUGUUUUCCGUUUAUCAACCAAACGGUUGUCGAGCUCCUACGAAGUUUCCUUUGCUUUGGCUGGUAAUUUUCCAUGCAAAGUCCUUAUUUUUGUUCGUUUUGAUUCACGAGUUUCUCAUCCAUUUUGGAGCGCAUUGCGAAUCACACCAUUACUGGCAUGUAUAUACCGCCCCUUCCUCCAUUUCGUGUUUCAAUGUAUCAUCAACCCACGUUAUCUCUUCUCUCGUGUGUUUAGGUGUUCACUUACCUACCCCUACAUGGUAGUGUCUCGGUCAUUGGCACGCGUCCUUACAGUGUAUUCAUUCAUACCCGGUUAUAUGAUACUAUUAUGUUAAUGCAGCAAAUUUACUACUUUUUGUCACAUGCUAGGUGAAGAGCGUUGCAGGUGCGCCCUUCGGGCCCACUCCUGCUUGCAUC